ACAUAAAAGCAAGCCCGUGUCACGGUUUAGAUUUAACACACGACUGGGCCAAGUACUCGACAUUUUUGAGAAAAGUAAUAGUUAGUGCUCCAACACUGUCACUCGUCCAAGUUGAUGAAGUGUUAAUGAAAUUUUGAUUACAUUUGGUCGUUCAGGCUAAACUUAAUUUAGUAAUUUAUCCGAGUAUGACUUUAAAUUAGAAUCGAAGUUGAUAUCAUCAUCCACAGAAAUUGCGUUCAAGAUUAAAUUUGUGUCGCCCCAAAAGUUAACAUUUCCGUUUCUUCCCCUCGCUAAGUUGUCAUUGAAACCUUUCUGGAAUAAUUGCAAUUUGAAUGAUCACUUUUCAGGCUUAUUUCUAAACCAAUAAGAAUGUAAAGGCAAUAAGAAUAAAGGGAGAGCAAUACCUCCUAUAAUUUCGUUACUUCUUACUUCUUACCUUUGCUCUCUUGCGGCACUUACUUUGAGACAUGUUUUCCUUAUUUAAUCCUUAUUUAAUCGUAGCGCUUUCAAUCGCUUGAUACUUUCCUACGUCUCGACGAAUUGAACUCAGCCCUGCUUAGUUCUUGCAAUUUCUGCACUUAGUCCUGCUUAUUCUGCUUAUUCCUGCUUAUUCCUGCAUAUUCAUGCUUAAGGAAUUAGUAUACGAGGUACUCUUAGGAAGGGAUAUACCUGAGCGAGUGCCAAUAGAAGUUCGACUUGACUGCAAGAACGCUAAACUAGUCAAGAUUGACUGCGGAGGAGAGAUGUUUAUCACAACUGAACAAUCUUUGUCUCGAUAUCCCAAUACCUUGUUAGGAGACCCUGACAGACGAGCUGCUUUUUAUGAUGCAAAGACAAGCAUGUACUACUUUGACAGAAAUCAGGAUCUGUUUAAUGCAAUCCUCUACUUUUAUCAGUCACCCGGAACCUUCCGUCCCCCAGAGAUGAUGGAUCCUGUAGUUGUUGAAGAAGAAUUAGAUUUCUUUGGUAUAGAUCUGGACCUCAUGAUAAAAGAAUACGACAGAAUUUAUUUAGAACUUCACCCCGAACUUCCUCCAACUCUAAAAGAGACUAUAAACAAAACGAUUACAGAUCCGAGCUAUAACAAAGCUGGAAUGGUAUGGGGCUUCAUGGAUCUGGCGUGCAUCAUAAUGACCAUAUCCUUGUUGGUUAUAGAGACAAUCCCAGCGUUCCAUGAUCACUUUAAGAAACCCUUUGCUAAAGAUGAGAUAACGGGACAGAUCCAGCCGUACAAGAUGGCCACCUACAUGUUGGAUGUGGUUAUCAACUUGUUCUUCACGGUUGAUCUUAUCAUUAAGUUUUUAUCCUCGAAGAACAGGAAGAGGUUCUUCUUGAACACAGUCAAUGUAAUGGAUAUCCUGGCAGUAUCCCCGUUCUACCUCGAGCUCCUCGUCUUCAUCGCUACUGGAGGGGAACCUUCUCCGCAUUUUUUUGCGCUCAAGGUGUGUAGGAUAGUUAGAGUCGUCCGAGUAUUGAAGCUGGUUAGACACAGUAGACAGUUGACGGAAGUACUUGAGCUACUUCAGGUGGUAUCGUCAGCAAAACAAGAGUUCAUAGUCCUGAUCGGAGUGGUGGGGGUUGUUAUCCUCCUUGUGGGCACCAUUAUGUACUUUGUGGAGUUCCAAAUCCCUGAUGAAGGCGACGAAAACGUUGAUUUUAAAUCUAUUCUACACGGUUGCUGGUGGGCCAUCGUUACCAUAACAACAGUCGGUUAUGGAGACCUUUUUCCGAAGUCUUCAUUAGGCAAGUUGACGGGAAGUUUUGUUGUACUGUUUGGAAUCGUGGUCCUCGCAUUCCCCAUGACCAUCAUCAUCUCCAAGUUCCAAGACUCCUUCACCAUCAAGAAACUGAUCGCCAACAAGGAAAUGACCCGAAAGCUGCGUGAAAUGGCCAUCAGUGGUUACUUGAAUAGUUACAACUCAUCCCAAAUAAUGAACGGGAAACCGAAAGCUCAUGUCCCUCGAAAAUCAGUUCUUAAAGAAGGCUCUCUGGAGACACCAAUCGAGGAGGCAGAGGAGUCACCAGCACCAGAAUAUCAGCAAUCUAUUGGACUGCCUCAAUCUAGCACUCAAUCAGAAUAUUCAGGGCCGUAUAAAUAAAUUUAUUAAACGGUCAAGUAAUGAAGGUACAAUGAAGUAAAACCCAAUUUUACGGGCCUGUUUUUUAUGCGAUUUUAAAACCAUUCGACUAUUCAGUAUUCAGUUCCCACACAACAUACGUCUAUCCCGUAUUAAACUAAUUACAACACUGAAAAUCUAUUACAUUUAUUAAGGAUGUUACAGAAGGAAUGUAUUUAAUGUAGUUUGAGGAGUCCUAACGUCCGACAAUGGCGUUUCUCUUGUCGCUAAUAUAUUCAAACAGAAAUUCUCACCGCAAUAUUCCGGCGAUUCUUACACAUAUUUUAAAUCCGGACGUUGAGUACACUGUAUUUAGUACCUGGGGCUGUGUUUUUUCACCAACAAUUGGUGUGUUCCAAGAAUUGAUGAGUUUUCUAUAAAUAGUAAGUUCAUUACUUCAUUUUCCAUUCAGCUGUAUAAGUAUUGUAUGUGUUUGAAAUGUGUGGUUCAUGGUUGUAGUGCAACCAAAACAGUAACACUUUGCUACCUUCAUAAUGUGAUCGUAACAUAUUUAUUGCAGAUUAUAUUGAGAAUUCAGAUGUUCCGAUUUAGAAAUUUGUCUAAUUCGUUUUUGUUCUACUAAGUAUUUUAAAAUCUUCC